AUGGCUAAUACAACGACAACCCUUCGGGGCCUCUGCCCUGCGCCCUUCUUUCAAGAGUCCAAGUUUGGGGACGGUGGUUUUGUCGACGGGCGAAUGUGUCAGACCCUAUCGCCUACACUGGUAUGCUGCUUACCAUGUCCCUUGACCGAUUGGGCAUACCCCGACAGCUUUGCCGAGGUGACUUCCAUAGCAAGCUGGUUCACCGUUGUGGGCAUGAUAUGUUGCAUUUUCCUACUGGUAUCAUGGGCCUUCCUCCCGGUGGAAAAGACGCACCGCCAUUAUUUGAGCAUCAGUCUCACAUGUGCCAUCUUCUUGAUGAAUCUUGGCUUCAUUAUCCCACUGGCAGCAAAGCCGGACGAAUGCUACAACGAGAUCACACCCAACAGCAUGGGCACCAGCGGCGUCUGCGCCGCCUCGGGUGCUUUCUUGCUCGGUGGUGGCUGGGCCGGCGUCAUGUGGAUUUUCUUGAGAUCCAUGUCAUUGCACCUCCAGAUCUGCUGGCAAGUGGUUGUUGGUCGAACUUUUAUGUGGAUUUCCCAAAUCCUUGGCUGGGGCAUUCCCGUCAUUGGGCUUAUCGUCCUCCUUGUGUUCAGCGGAGUCUCGUUCCGGUUCGGCCAAACCUGCCACAUUAACCACACGAACAGCUUGGGCGACUUCUGGAUACCGCUGCUGGUGUUCACGGGGCUGACGGUCAUUAUCCAAUUCGCAACUUUUGGUUACUGUAUCAAGGUGUACCUUGCAUCUCUGGCGGACAGCAGCGCUUCCACCGAAGGCUCGGAUCUUCCCGCCUACUCCAACAGCAUCCGAACCAUGACGCCGCGGCAAGCAUAUCGCCGAGUUCGACGAGUCAUUCAGCUACAAUGGCGUGGAAUCGUCAUCGUCAUGAUCAUCAUGUGUGAUGUCGUAUUUUUUGCGGUCGUGUUUGUCUUCCAGGACAACACACUCGAGGUGGUCAAGAAAUCGCCAACCAAGGCACUUCCCUGGACUAUCUGUCUCAUCGCGGCCAACGGCGACAAAAAUCAGUGCUUAGACGAAGCUAGCGAUCUCACCGUGAACCUGCCCACUAUUGUGGCAGUGCUCAUUCUCUUGGCUUGCAACGGCAUGUGGCUAGUUCUGCUUCUCGGCCGCUGGACCAUGGUGACGGGCUGGGGCGAGUACUUCGCCACGUGCGGCGGCAUCCAUGCCAAGAAGGAAUUCGUGUCGGUCGAUGCCAGAAUCGACUUGAAGAAAGAUCAGCGAUCUUAUGAAAUGUUGUCUCGCGAUUCCGGAAAAACGGAACAUAACUCAACACUAACGCCGAUUAGCCCUGCAAAAUCUCCCGCGAGCGCGCAAAGUGGGCGCAUGACGCCUGACUACUUUGGGCAAACCCCUCGAUACCAGCCGCAUACUCGCUCCUUCUCGGCGCCCCGUCCGCCGCAGCAAUCCGUGGCCUGGGAUCCGCAACUGUCUCAAUCUCCUUCGUACAAAAGUCCGAAUCCGUCGGCGAUGGGUGAUCACUACGAAGAAAUGAACCCGCUCGGCAUGAAUCGGUUAGGAUCAUGA